AUGUGGAAGUAUCUCGGAUUCCUUGCCGUUCUGGGCGCAGCGAGUUCUCUGGGUCAGCAGACUGGCUUUGCAGCGUCGACGUGUGGCGGGGGUACUGGGUGUUUGAGGUCAUCAGCUGCCGAGCACUCGGAUCAGCAACUGAAUCGUAGGAGGAGGCAACAGCAGAUCCUACAGGAGGUUAUCGUGGAGAACAACUUUGGGGGUCCUGGCUUCGGGGGACCUGGCUUUGGAGGUCCAGGAUUCGGAGGUCCUGGCUUCGGCGGUCCUGGCUUUGGAGGUCCUGGCUUUGGACGACCCGGCUUCGGAGGUCCCGGGUUUGGAGGUCCUGGCUUCGGACGUGGCAAAUUUGGCUUUGCCCGCAGCUACGACCAGGCGGAUGAGGAGGCACCGGCCCAGGGAACAUACCAACAGCAAGGCACACUCAGUGAAGUUCCUUCUCCAACUUGCCCCAAAAACUAUGUGUUCUCCUGUGAAGCGGUUAUCAAGCCCGUUCCAUGUGGGCACAGCUCAUAUUGA